CGCCGGUUAAAGUACUGUUGUGUAAGACUGUAAGCCGCCAGAUGCAGGUCGUGCUGUUGUUUGGCCCCAUGCACAUUUGGACGGUGAUGACAAGUUCCACAGCUUUAUCCAGAUGCCUGGGUGGUAUAUAUCUGGGAUCAGGAUCUCGGCAGUUCCAAUGUUGACUGCAGGGUGCUCUGCCGGACUCCGGUUGUGGUCACUGGUUCCCAAUCCCAGUGUCUUCCCUUUGGGCCCGGGCAUGCUGCCGGUGGCUGCUUAUGGGCCUGGGUUCGGAGUGCUUGCCGAGGAGAGCGAUCUAUACCGAUGUUCCAUUUUUGCAGGUUAUCGGUUAGAGAAAGGUAGUCCACCGCUUCGCUCAUCCGAGUUAGUUGGGCUUGCCAAUAACUAUAGAUUUCCUGCUGACGAUUGUACCUUUGUGGGGGACGCGAUUCUCCGGAUGCGGUUGACGCUUUCAUCCAUCCCUGCUGCUGAAAAAGAGUCGGUCAAUAUUGAAAGGUCAUCGUGGUGCAUUGCCUAAGGUAAUCAACGAGUCUGGUGGCGGUCAUGCUCCAGAAUCUGCGCCAGUAGUGGUAGAUGGAUAUAGAUUGAGUAGCUCACAAGUCGGCGGAAUCUUCUCGGAUUAGGUUACCUACUAGUACCUUUAAGUUAUGAGACUACAAGCAGUACUCCUGCUAGUGGCCAGUAAAGUGUGAAAGGGAC